AGCUGAGACGAACAAAGGAAUAAAGAUCGCGCAAAACAACUGAUGCAUACAUUUAGGGGGAAAACAAAAACAGUGCGCAAUGAAUGAAACAUUCCAUAGAACAUCGAAUUUUUACACUGAUUUGACGACCCUAUCAAUUACGUCUGCCAGCCGUGUCUGAACUGCCCAUUUUCGGAUGGGGUUCAAUAUGGACUUCGUCGACGCCGAAGCUCCGUGUUUUGCUUUCAAACAAAUGAAUGCUUUCCGAUGCGAUGGGAUUUUCUGUGAUGUCGUUUUGAUGACGGAGGACGGACAAGAAAUCGACGCACACAAACUGGUGUUAUCAGCAUCCAGUGAGUACUUUAGAGCCAUGUUUUUAACAGACAUGAAAGAGAGCCAACAGAAGUUUAUAACCAUUCGCGCCAUUGACUCACAGUCGAUGACAACACUAGUUGAAUUUGCAUACACUUCAAACGUGCGAAUAAAUAGUGAAAAUGUGGAAACCUUGCUAUAUGCAGCGAGUAUGCUACAGUUUGUCCGUGUUGAGAAAGCGUGCUACGAGUUCUUACGGAAGAACAUUAACGUACCAAACUGUCUAACGAUAUGGAACUUAGCGGAGCUCCACGGCUGCGCCGAACUAACCGCAUUGGCCGAAAGCUACUCUCGCGGGAAUUUUGUAUCGCUUCUGAAACAUUCCGAGUUCAAAGAAUUGUCUUCUAAACAGCUGGGGAGUCUGCUAUCCCACGAUAAACUAAAUGUUCCAUCCGAAAGUGCGGUUUUCGAGGCCGUGAUGAGUUGGAUGAAACACGAUGUAGAAUCGCGCAAAAAAGAUCUAGCCAACCUGUUGGAACACAUUCGAUUCCCGCUCCUGACAAGAAAGUUCCUUAUCGAUACAGUAGCUAAAGAAGACUUAAUCAUGAAUGAAAGACCGUGUAGAGAGUUUGUAUUGGAAGCGAUUGACUAUCACUUGAUCCCAGAGCGACGGGCCUGCACACGCACGACCCGAACAAUCCCGCGGGAAAAAUCAAGUCGAGCAGUUUAUGUCGUCGGCGGGGAAGAGCAAGGCACCGUGCUCAGUACAGCAGAGUGCUUUGAUUUCAACAAGAAGGCCUGGGGCACACUCGCCCCAAUGAUAAUCGCGCGCAAACAAGUCGGUGCCGCGGUACUUGAAGGUCAGCUGUAUGCGGUCGGAGGCGUUAAUCGGGAGUACGCUGACCUGGUGACCGUGGAGUGUUAUAGUCCAUCAACAAGUCAGUGGACCUCUGUGGCCUCGCUCAACAAGUGCAAAGGCGCUCUAGCGGUGGCGAUCCUGGAAGGCUGGCUAUACGCAGCAGGAGGGUCACAUAACGGCUCCGCCCUGAAGACGGUGGAGCGGUUCGACCCCAUCAGGAACGACUGGACCCAGGUGGCAUCCAUGCGUCUUCCCCGCAGUCAAUUCGGUCUUGCGGCCUUACAAGGCCGGUUGUAUGCGGUGGGAGGUUACAAUGGCAUAUCUGAGAUCGAACACGUCGAGUGCUUCGACCCGAUGAACAACAAAUGGAGUGACGUGAACGGUAUGAACAAAGCGCGGAUGAAUCAUGGGAUCGUUACGUAUGGGGAUAGAAUUUACGUCAUCGGCGGCGCGAACAGCGUCGGACCACUGGACUCUAUCGAGAAAUACAACCCAGACCUGAAUCUGUGGUUGAUCAUCCGAAACACCAUGGACCCUCGGACCGGAGUUUGUGUAGUGGCAGUAUACGGGGGGAGUGAUGGUGUACAGGAUCUCUAUAUCAUCGGUGGGCAGGACUAUCAGGGUAGAAAUAUGAACUCGGUCAAGAGACUGAGUCUGAAGUUUGCGGAUUACUCAACCGCUACAGCACCAUCGCUGAUGCACCCUCGCGCAUUUGCAGGCGUGGCUUCAGUUUAAGUCACAUCCAGGGGUGGAUCUAGCUUUUCACUAAAGGGGGGUUUGGCUCAUUGAUAAAGGGGGGAGAGGGUAAUUUUAUUUUGUUUGGCAGCCCAAAGGGGGGGGGGGGGGGGAGUUAAACACCCAAAACCCUCCCCCUAGAUCCUAUACGGACAUCAGAGCUGUCAGCUUAUACAUAGGCGUCAUUUCUUUUCGUAUGAGGGAGGAUGAGAGAGUUUUACAUUCUUACCAGAAUUUUGGGAGGAUCAUUUGUCCCCCUAGCUCCUGUGCUUUGGUUGUGGUGAUAGUAAAAUUAGAAUUAAACCAACUAUACAAUGGCAACAAAUAUUAGAAAAACAUCCACGCUGACGACCCAACGAAUGCUGAAGGCCUAAAUUUAUCGCAUGUGACAGCGAAUGUUGUCGGAAGUCUAUUCAUUUUGUAAACUUUUUAAUUGAUGGAAUGAUAGGUAGAUAGAUUACAUUGACGUAGGUGGAAACACAAGCACAGAUCGGGCUAUGUUCCAUGUAUUCAGCAGGUGUUUCCCACGUGGAAUAAGUGCACCCCACGCUUUCAGUGACGGCAAACGCGUCACAAGCUGUGUGAGAUAUUGAAUUUAUGAAAAACAAUGAGAAAUUAAAAAAAAAAUUGAAAUUGAGGCGGUUUGCUAACGUCUCCUGUGCGGUUUAAGACAAAGCUUAACUUAUUCCCACAAAUUAACAAAAUUUUAUUCGUCGACUGAUUAAUUCAUUGUGCUAUUCAAGGUGAUUUGCAUAUUUCAAUACCUCAGAAAAAAUGUUACUAAUAUAUUUCAGACAAAAUGAAUUAUCUAAUUAUACUUAUACUGUAAAUCAAUCAGUAAAGUAAACAAUAUUUUGACUUCUGCUUUAGUAAAUCAUGCUAUUUAAUACAAAUUUUAAUAAUUAUAUAAUUAUUUAUGAUGUAUGUAAAAUUUUGACUUCUGCUUUAGUAAAUCAUGCUAUUUAAUACAAAUUUUAAUAAUUAUAUAUUUAUGAUGUAUGUAAAAUGUUAGUAAUACAAAUAAAUGAGGGUUAAUGUUUUACAGGCAAAUAAAAUAUCACAUUGUGUUGCUCAAACUA